AGUUCCAAGAAGCCUAUUCUAGAGGAAAAAGAACUCGAUAGCUACUCCAUUGAGAUUGAGAGAUUGAGAAAUGAUCCGGCCAAGAUAGAGACAAUGACAGUUGAGGAACUACGGAAAACAUUAAGGAUUGUUAAGGUCCCUGCCAAGAAGGUCUCUGCAUGUGCAGGCCAAAUUUCUCAAAUAACAGAAGAACAAGGGUUAUUAGCAGCUCAAAAUUUAUCAGAUAAAGAAGACACAGUGGAUGAUAUGCUGUUAGGAUCUGAUGGCAAGAAUGUCAAAGUGGCAACCAAGAAGAAGAUGGCAGUGAAAUGUGAAGUGUCAGGUCCUCUGACGCUUAAUAUUCUAUUGGAUUUUGUAACCAGGUUGGGAACCUUCCGGGAAAAGAGAAAAGCAUCUGCUGACAUUGUAGGUGAUGUUGCACAAUUAGAACAACUCAAUGCACCCAUUGCUUUAAUUGAACCAUGGACUGUCCUUGCACACAAGAAGCCACAGAAAGGAUGGAUUGCAUAUAAUCCUAGUAGUAUGAGACCUCCACCUCUUGCUGGGGAUACAAAAUUUAUCAAGAUUUUGUCUUGGAAUGUCAAUGGAUUGAGAGCUUUGUUGAAACUAGAAGGAUCUUCAGCACUUCGACUGGCCCAAAGGGAAGACUUUGAUGUGUUGUGCUUGCAAGAGACUAAAAUACAGGAGAAGGACAUUGACGCAAUCAAAACCUCCUUAAUAGAUGGCUAUGAGAACAGUUUCUGGACAUGUAGUGUGUCUAAACUUGGUUACUCUGGAACAGCGAUAAUCUCAAGGAUAAGGCCACUUUCAGUCAGAUACGGCUUAGGCAUACCAGAUCAUGAUGGUGAAGGGAGAAUUGUGACUGCAGAGUUUGAUUCAUUUUAUUUGAUUUCUGGAUACGUCCCUAAUUCUGGAGACGGAUUAAAAAGAUUGUCUUACAGAAUUACUCAGUGGGAUCCAUCUCUCAGUAAUUAUAUGAAAGAGCUGGAGAAGUCGAAACCGGUGAUUUUGACUGGUGAUCUAAAUUGUGCUCAUGAGGAGAUAGACAUAUAUAACCCUGCUGGGAAUAGAAGAAGUGCUGGUUUUACGGAUGAAGAAAGGAACUCUUUUACUGAAAACUUCUUAUCAAAGGGAUUUGUGGAUACCUUUAGAAGGCAGCACCCUGGGGUAGUUGGAUAUACUUACUGGGGCUAUCGACAUGGUGCGCGUAAAACUAACAAAGGGUGGCGACUGGACUAUUUCCUUGUUUCGGACUCCAUAGCUGACAAGGUUCACGACUCCUACAUUCUACCCGACGUAGAAGGUAGUGAUCAUUGCCCUAUUGGCCUUAUUGUCAAGUUGUAGCACUCCUAAAACACUUUAGCUGAUCUUGCAGUGGCAUUGCCUACUUACCCCUACCAUGGGAUUUUUGUUUCAUGUAAUUUUUGUUAAUUACUGAGCCAUGACAUAGUGGGGACCGCGAAGUUAAAACUAGUAACAAAUCUUACUGCA